AUGCCCUCAGUUACAUUCCGAACUCCACUGUCACCCCAGGAACAAGAUCAGUUUCAAAAGGAGUUCAAAAGACUAGACCCCGAAGACUUAGGUAUUGUCACUGGCGAAGCCGUCAAACCUCUUUUCAAUCAGUCGGGGCUCAGCGCUCAGCUUUUAUCGCAAAUAUGGGAUCUUUGCGACACCGACAACCAAGGCUUUUUGAAUGUUUCGCAAUUUAAUGCUGCAAUGAGAAUCAUUGGCCAUUUGCAGGCCAACCCCACGCUUGCCGUAACUUCUGAACUGUACCAAGACCCAGCAUCAAAUACGCCUGCCACGCCUACUGCUCAAAUGAACCUAGCCGCAACAGACACGGGAUCAUCAAAUACCAAUUUGAUUCCUGCCAUCUCCCCAUAUGAUGUCUCAAAAUUUUCUCAGCUUUUCGACCGAACAACGAAUGGGUCUCCAACUUUAGCUGGUGACAAAGCGAGGGACAUCUUUCUGAAGGCUAAACUACCAACUCCUACAUUAGGGUCCGUUUGGAAUAUUUGUGACAGAAAGAACUCAGGCGCUUUAGAUAAGCAGGAGUUUAUCAUGGCAAUGCAUCUGAUUCAACUAGCAAUGGCAAACAACCCGGCAUUAGCAUCGCUACCCGAAGUUCUUCCAAACUAUUUGUGGGACUCUGUGAGUGCCGCUAUGCUCUCUAAACCCGCUCUCAGCGCCAAUUCAACCGGCUUCUCAUUAAAUUCACCGGUCUCUCAUCAACCGUCACUUAACCGAGUUCCAUCGAGUGCAUUUUCUAAUGCGGCGUCCGAUUGGACACUGUCUCACGAGAAAAAACAACAAUUCGAUGCCAUCUUUGACUCUCUAGAUAAAACAAAAGGUGGAACAUUGAGCUCGCAAGUUCUUGUACCAUUUUUUCUUUCUUCGAGAUUAAACCAGGAUACCUUGGCCACCGUCUGGGAUUUGGCUGAUAUCCAUAACAAUGCCGAGUUCUCCAACCUCGAGUUCGCAAUUGCAAUGUUUUUGAUUCAAAAGAAAAAAAGUGGCCUGGAGUUACCUGAUGUGGUUCCUGAGCAACUGCUAAGGUCGCCUGCCCUAGGUCUCUAUGCUCCGGACCCUCAGCAAGCAAGAAAUUCCCAGAAUCUUUCGGGUCAACUGCCAUCGAUACCAUCUAGGGACACAAAACCUUCCUUCAGCGAAUCACCGCAACUUGUACAAAGGAAUCAAAGUGCAUUAGGUGACUUACUUACUCUGAAUGAGUCUUUUUCAUCACCAAAGCCAGAGCAAGCUCGUAUGUCUUCCACCACGACGGCAAGCUCGAUGAAUUCCGCUCAAUCUCCAGUCUUAUCAGGCUCUACUGUGGGAAUGAGAAGAUUUCAACCUUCGUCUACCUUUGGACAGAGCAUUAUAAGGGAAGAACCAGUUACAGCAACACCUGACGGUAGACCGGCUCCUCAGGACCAGACUACGUAUUUUCAAGCUCAACCCUCUUUUCAACAGACACAGGCUGAACAGCAAAAUCAACAAGCACAGCAUCCAACAUACCAACAGUCCUCUCAACAAUUGCCUUCUCAAGAAAAGCAAAACUAUUUUGACACAAACUCUGCCUCGAACUCUUAUCAAGGUGCAUCUCAAUCUAAUGCGCAACCAGUGUCCCGAGACAUUCCCCCCACUGCACAGCAGUCCUCACAUUUCUCUCCUCUGCCUAAUGUUCCCAACUUUUCGUCACCGUCGUUACAACAAGGUUCUAGAUAUGCGAGCUCCUCGAUGGAUGGUGAGCCAUCCAUGCAAUUAUCUCAGGCCACAACAGAGCUUGCCAAUCUUUCCAACCAAGUUAGCUCUUUGACUAAUCAAGCUACUUUGGUUAAUGAAAGAAAAACAAAAGCUCAACAAGAGUUGAAACGCAUCACUACUUUGAAGUCUUCCAUUGAAUCAAAAAUGAUAACUUUGCGAAACUCUUACGAACAAGAACUGAAACAAACGGAACAAACAGAGUCUCAGUUACUUCAAUCUCGACAGGAGAAUGAAGAGCUACAGAGGCAACUAUCGGUUGCUGAGGCGAAUCUCCAUGCAGUCCAAGGCUCAUUAUCAGAAUUGCAACAAAAGCUUCAGGAAUCCCAGAUGAACAAUGCUCAGUUGAAAGAAAAUAUUGCAAACUUGAAUUCAACGGCUUCCUCGCUUCAAGCUGAGCUUGCUGAAAAACAACAGAAGGUCAAACAGGAAAGAUCCAUGGUUGACGUAAACAGCAAACAAAUGGAAUUGAGUGGUUUCACGGUUGCAAAUUUGAAAAGUGAGAUUGAAGGUUUAGAGCAGCACCUGGGCGUUUUCUUGCAAAAGCAUAAAGAGCUUGAUGAUUACCGCACAACACUAGAAAACCAACACGGGGAAUUGAAUAACAGACACCAGCAGCUGGAAGGCCAACACACGGAUAUUAGCCGUCGCGAGAAAGAACUACAAGAAAGGAAUAAGGAAAUUGAAACUCAGGAACAAUUAUAUCAUCAAGAAAUCGCAAAGCUUCAGUCCAUGUUCAAAGAUCUUAACUCACAACGGGAAUCAUUUGCGAACGCCGACGAUGAACUACAGAGCCAGCAGCUACAGUAUGCUCAGAAAGUUCAAGAACUUUCGGAAAGACAAAUGAAACUUGCCAUGGGUGAGUUGCCUGAAGAUGCCGAGGACGUGAUUAAAAGCCAACGAGGAUUUUCUUCUAGCAACGAUCAUGUUGCAAAAUUUGUGGAAGAUAGCGUCACUAACUCCCAAUUGGGAACUCAAGAGGAUGACGAAAACAAACAAGAAUCUGAUGUGUUCGACAAAGAUGUUCCAACUGUGGGUUCUCAAACAGAAGUGGAAGAGGAAGAUGCUAGGACGCAUGACGACGAAACGGCGGCACAAGUUCUCGCAGAUAGAUUCGAUGGCGAUUUAAAUGAAUAUCGAAUUCCUAGAACUGAAUCGGUCACUUCGUCCGUCCUUAACAACCCCCCACAGUCUGUCUGUGACUAUCCAGAGGGUGAUAUAAUCACUGGGGCAGCUACAGGAGAUAACGAACAGUUGGCUAAGUCCGCUGAUGUUGAGAAAACUAUGCCGGGCGGUUGGGCUGACGCGAGGAACGUGCAAAAUGGAGAGCGAUCUGCUAAUGGAGAGCACCGCAGGCCAAUUGACCCAGAGUCUGAAAUUGAAACCCUAAAGAAGUCUCCAGAUCAGACACUCGACGAAUCGUCAACAGUCGCCGAGCAAACAAUCGAAGAUGAAUUUCCUCCAAUUCAAGAACUCGACAUUGAAGAAAGUGACAGCUCUGAUGACAACGAGGAUGAAGAAUUCAAGGGCUCAAAAUACGUUGCCAGAGACGAAAACUCUGGAACAAAAGACAAAUCUGUGACAAUGGCAAACACGUCAGUAGCUGCGACCCCUGCUGUUCUGGUCUCGGAAAGCCAAACGAACUCCAAAACACUAAAGCCUGACAGCGGGAUAACUCCAUUGCAGAACAAGGAAGUUAGCGAAUUUGAAGACGCAUUUGACGGCUUGGAACAAGCCGCCCCUGAAGAGGAUACUGGUCUUGAAGUGAAUGAUCACGAAUUUCCAGAGGACUUCGAGCAAAUUGAGCACAAAGAUUUAGAUGACGAACUCAAUCAAGGUGGUUUCACGGGAGCUUCAGGGCCUGUCCAAGGUGCACAAGCAGUCGAUUUUGAUCCCGCAGCCGUGGGCGCUGAUGAGUGGGAUGAGAUAUUUGCCGGAUUCGGCAACUCGAAACAAGGAUCAGCGCCAGUUGCUCAGCCCGAGCCGAUGCCCAUAAAACAGCCUGUUCCUACCAAGUCAAGCGAAAAGAUUGGAACUGCACCUAUUAACCGCGGAAUUGCCACGACUCCGAAGUCAUUGGCUGUUGAGGAACUUGGAAGCAUGGGCUUUUCCGCAGCCGAAGCAACAAAAGCGUUGGAACAGUGUAAUUGGGACCUUGGCGCUGCCACAAACCAUUUACUUGACAGCUCAUAA